CUCAUUCUUUUUCUUUGCUAAAGAAUUCUCUUUUACUUUGCACUCUAUAAAGUAAUUAGCUUGGAAGCUUCUCCCAUUCAUCACUAUAGUUAGAAGUUCUCACCCAAAAAAAAAAAAAAGCAGUAGAGUUAGAACUAAUUGGGAGUGAUAUACCAGUUUGUUCAUAGAGGAUGCUGGAAGGGAAAGCUGUAGUGCGCGAAACUGAUAUGCCAGAGGAGAUGCAGAGCCGUGUAAUGGAGUUAGCAUAUCAGGCUCUUGAUCUCCAUGAGGUUUCCGACUGUCAAUCCAUUGCUCAUUACAUCAAACAGAAGUUUGAUGAAGCUUAUGGGACAGCAUGGCAUUGUGUGGUUGGGAAAGACUUCGGAUCUUGCAUUUCGCAUUUGUGUGGAACUUUUAUAUUCUUCCAUGUGGAAAAGAUGGAGUUUCUCAUCUUCAAGGAUGGCAAUGACUUCAGUGAAACGAAGGAAGAGGCAAUAGGAGUGCUGCAGAAAACCAUGAAAAAUGAUUUGUAAGAACGGUACGAAUGUUAAUGUCUUUUCGGAUUUCACCUAACAUCUUUUCGGAUCAACAGAAUUCUACC